UGAGAGCAGGCAUGAGUUUGAGACACUGAACAAGAAGCCGACAUAGAACAGAGUCUGCUGAGAACCUUCAACAUCUCUGAGCGAUACAGAACUUAUCUCUGAAGAACCUUAAAGGAGCAAGCAGGAUGUCUUCAGCAAAGGGAAUAUCCAUUGGCAUUGAUUUGGGAACCACCUAUUCUUGCGUUGCGGUUUUCCAACAUGGCAAAGUGGAGAUCAUCGCUAACGACCAGGGCAACAGGACAACUCCCAGCUAUGUGGCCUUUAGCGACACAGAGAGGCUCAUUGGAGAUGCUGCCAAGAACCAGGUCGCCAUGAACCCCACCAAUACAGUAUUUGACGCCAAGCGACUAAUAGGAAGAAAGUUUAAUGACGCUAUCGUCCAGUCGGACAUGAAACUUUGGCCUUUCAGUGUGAUCGAUGAUAACGGAAAGCCCAAAGUUCAGGUGGAGUAUAAAGGCGAAACCAAAGCCUUCUACCCUGAGGAAAUCUCGUCAAUGGUCUUGGUUAAAAUGAAGGAGAUAGCCGAGGCCUACCUGGGACAGAAGGUUUCAAAUGCAGUCAUCACAGUGCCAGCUUAUUUCAAUGAUUCUCAGAGGCAAGCCACUAAGGAUGCUGGAGUGAUCUCUGGUCUGAAUGUUCUGAGGAUCAUCAACGAGCCCACAGCAGCAGCGAUUGCCUACGGCUUGGAUAAAGGUAAAAGAGGAGAGCGCAACGUGCUCAUCUUUGAUCUCGGUGGAGGCACCUUCGACGUGUCCAUCCUGACUAUUGAAGAUGGCAUCUUUGAGGUAAAAGCCACUGCAGGAGACACACACCUUGGAGGAGAGGACUUUGACAAUCGGAUGGUCAGUCACUUCCUCGAGGAAUUUAAAAGAAAGUACAAGAAAGACAUCAGCCAAAAUAAGAGAGCAGUUAGGAGACUGCGCACCGCUUGUGAGAGAGCGAAGAGGACCCUGUCCUCAAGCACCCAGGCCAGCAUUGAAAUUGACUCUCUGUUUGAGGGCAUCGACUUCUACACCUCCAUCACGAGGGCACGCUUUGAGGAGCUCAACUCAGAGCUCUUCAGGGGAACACUGGAGCCAGUGGAGAAAGCCCUACAAGAUUCCAAGAUGGAUAAGUCCAAGAUCCAUGAAAUCGUCCUGGUUGGUGGCUCCACAAGAAUUCCCAAAAUCCAGAAGUUCUUGCAAGAUUUCUUUAAUGGCAGAGAACUGAACAAGAGUAUCAACCCAGAUGAAGCAGUGGCUUAUGGUGCAGCAGUCCAGGCUGCCAUCCUCAUGGGUGACACUUCGGAGAACGUGCAAGAUCUGCUGCUGCUGGACGUGGCUCCCCUAUCUCUGGGUAUUGAGACUGUUGGUGGGGUCAUGACGCCGCUAAUCAAACGCAACACCACUAUCCCCAGCAAGCAAACCCAGAUCUUCUCCACCUACUCUGAUAACCAGCCUGGUGUGCUAAUUCAGGUGUAUGAGGGGGAGAGAGCCAUGACCAAGGACAACAACCUCCUGGGCAAGUUUGAGCUCGCUGGCAUCCCUCCUGCUCCCCGAGGUGUACCACAGGUGGAGGUAACUUUCGACAUUGAUGCCAACGGCAUUCUGAACGUAUCCGCCGUUGACAAAAGCACCGGCAAAGAAAACAAAAUCACCAUCACCAAUGACAAGGGCCGCCUCAGCAAACAGGAGAUUGAGCAGAUGGUACAGGACGCUGAUAAGUACAAGGCUGAUGACGACCUGAAGAGGGACACGAUUACAUCAAGAAACUCACUGGAGUCUUACGUCUACAACAUGAAGAGCAGUGUCGAGGAUGACAGUAUGAAAGGAAAGAUUCAGGAGGAGGAUAAAAAAGUUGUCAUUGACAAGUGCAAACAGACCAUUUCCUGGCUGGAGAACAACCAGCUGGCAGAGAAGGACGAGUAUGAGCACCAGCAGAAAGAACUAGAGAAGGUGUGCAAGCCCAUUGUGACAAAGCUGUACCAGGGAGCGGCACCACCACCAGGAGGCAGCAGCGGCCAUGCAGGAGGCAACGCUCAGGGUCCCACUAUUGAGGAAGUGGACUAAUAUCAUGAAUGUCAGCAUUUUGUGUGCAGGAAUAUGUUAACCUAGUCACAGUUGUUUGUUUGCACAACUAUUGUUAUUUCAUUGUUAUUAUUAUUUGCUACUAUGAUACAAAUAUUUUACAUGGCUGUGAUGUUUGAACAUUAAAUUGGCAGUUUUCCUCCAAGUCAGCAAGCAGGUGUAGCUAAAAUUGACUUCACCAUUAUUAUCCCUCAAUCAAAUGGAACUCAUAGAUUGUUAUUCUGCUUUGUUCACUUUUCCCUCUUGUGUCCUCUCACAGCACAUUUUAAAUAAAGUUUUAUCAAAACCUCCAAA